AUGCGUGCGCGCCAGCAUUACCACACACGCACGGUCUUUCCCGGAGCUGCUCCGCGUCUCGCACUGCUCCUCCAGCCCGUGCGUAAAGAGUGGAUCGGUACGCAGCCAGGGCGCACGCAGAUUGACCACAGCGCAGAAGGAGGAACUGAAGGACUGCAGACAGAGGCCCUGAAGGACAUGCAUCGACGCUGGACGAAAACCGAAACUGAAUUUUGGACAAACUGCAGGACUUGGGGCGUUGGGACUAGACACUUCCUCCUCCUCCUUUCUAUGUAG